UCUCUUCUCCUUUUUACUGUAUCUUGUCUCUCUCUCCAUCACAACUCCUCUCUUUCUCAAGAACUCUCCGUGGAUGACUCCUCCAGAUACCUCCAUCCACAGACGCCCGUCUCAAAGCUCAUGGCUGCCCUGGAACACUCCACACUCUUGGGCUUCCCUCGUGCGGAUCUGCCCUCUCUAAAGUGGAUCCACAUCAGAACUGCAGCUCACUCUGGUCACGUUUAAAGCAAGUUCAUUCAGAUCUCGUCUUUCAGUCUACGAGCACACAUCGUGAACAAGACCUUCAAAACAGCUUUCUAGAGAAAGUGCAAACACACAUAUAAUAAGAUGGAGCAAGAGAUAUCGAAAGUACAGCGUAAGAUGUCUGACCUGGAGUCAGUUCUCCAACAGAAGGAUGUGGAACUCAAAGCUUCAGAAACCCAGAGGACCAUCUUAGAACAAGACCUGGCCACCUACAUCACAGAGUGCAGUAGUUUGAAGCACAGUUUGGAGCAGGCCCGUAUGGAAGUUUCGCAGGAAGAUGAUAAAGCUCUUCAGCUACUGCAUGACAUACGUGAGCAGAGCAACAAACUGCAGGAAAUCAAGGAACAGGAGUACCACGCUCAGCUGGAGGAGAUGCGGGUGUCUAUUCGUCAACUGGAGGAGAAUCUCUCCGCCGCUCGCCGCCGUAGUGACCUGUAUGAAUCUGAGCUGAAAGAGUCCCGUCAGACCAGCGAGGAACUGAAGAGGAAAGCGACAGAAUAUCAACAGAAGAUUCAGAAGGCUAAAGAACAGGGAAAAUCUGAGAUGGAAGAACUUCUGUCCAAACUACAGAAGACCAAUGCAGAGCAACAAUCAAAGAUUGAAGAACUUCAAGAGAAGCUCAGCAAGGCUGUGAUGGCGAGUACAGAAGCCACUGAACUGCUGCAGAAUGUUCGUCAAUCUAAAGAACGUUUGGAGCGAGACCUGGAGCGUCUACAGACCAAAGAGGACUCCACUGACAGUCUGCGCAGACGCUUACGAGAAACUGAGGAUGGAAAGAAGACUCUAGAGAACCAGGUGAAGCGGCUGGAGUUGGUGGAACGGAGAGAAACUAAACUGAAAGAAGAUAUCCAGACCAAGUCACAACAGAUCCAACAGAUGGCCGACAAAAUCAUGGAACUAGAAGAGAACUUGCGUGACACCCAGGCCACAGCGCAGCGUAUGGAAACACACUUGGAACAGAAGAAGCAGCUUUAUGAAGACAAGAUCAAGGUUUUGGAGACUCAGAUGAAGGUCGAUAUGGCUGAAAAGGAGCUGCUGGAGUCCAAACACAACACGUAUCAGGAGGAGUCCCGCAAGAAGGGCAAAGUCAUCAGUGAUCAGGCCGCGACCAUCAACGCCAUGGAGUCCAAGAUGACCAGUCUGGAGCAGAGAAUCGCUGAGCUUUCUGAGGCCAACAAACUGGCGGCUAACAGCAGCAUUUACACACAGAAAAACAUGAAAGCUCAAGAGGAGAUGAUAUCUGAACUGAGGCAGCAGAAAUUUUAUCUGGAGUCUCAGGCCGGUAAACUGGAGGCCCAGAAUGCAAAGCUGGAGGAACAUCUGGAGAAGUUAACACAGCAGGAACAGACCAACAAGAGUAGAGUGAUGGAACUGGAGGCCAGACUCAGAGAGAUGGGUCUGGAACAUGAAGAACAGAAGCUGGAGAUCAAGCGUCAGGUUUCGGAGCUCACGCUGUCCCUGCAGGAGAGAGAAGCUCAAAUCAGCAGUCUGCAGGCGGCGCGACACGCCCUAGAGAGUCAACUUCAGCAGGCCAAAACUGAGCUGGAGGAGACGACCGCCGAGGCUGAGGAGGAGAUCACUGUACUCCGGGCCCAUCGGGACGAAAUCCAACGCAAGUUUGAUGCCCUGCGAGACAGCUGUGCGGUGAUCACAGAUCUAGAGGAGCAGUUGACGCAGCUGACGCAGGAAAACAGCGAGCUGAACCGGCAGAACUUCUACCUGUCUAAACAACUGGACGAGGCCACGGAUGAGAAUGAGGAGCGACUGCAACUCAAACAGGACCUGGAGCGUCUGCGCAGAGAGGUGGCCGACCGAGAGAUGCACCUCAAUAACCAGAAACAGAACAUUGAGACACUGAAGACGACAUGUACGAUGCUGGAGGAGCAGGUGCUGGAGCUGGAGACACUGAAUGAUGAGCUGCUGGAGAAAGAGAGACAGUGGGAGAGCUGGAGAACUUCUUUGGAUGAGGAGAAGAAUGAGGCAGAGAGAAGAGUUCGAGACAUACAGAGACAACUGGACAGUGAAAAACAGAACAGACUCCGUGCAGAGCAGCGUAAUUCCGAGUCUCGUCAAUCAAUUGAACUGGCUGUGAAAGAACACAAAGCUGAGAUUCUGGUGCUGCAACAGGCUCUGAAAGACCAGAAACUCAAAGCUGAGGGCCUCUCUGAUACACUGAGUGAUCUGGAGAAGAAACACGCUAUGCUGGAAAUGAACGCUCGCAGUCUGCAACAGAAGCUGGAGACAGAGAGAGAACUCAAACAAAGACUCAUGGAUGAGCAAGCAAAACUACAGCAGCAGCUGGACCUUCAGAAGAGUCACAUUUUCAGACUGACACAAGGACUUCAGGACGCACUGGACCAGACUGACCUUCUGAAGACAGAGCGAACUGACCUUGAGUACCAGCUAGAAAACAUACAGGCAGCGUACUCUCAUGAGAAAGUCAAGAUGGAGGGGACCAUCACGCAGCAGACAAAGCUCAUCGACUUCCUGCAGGCCAAGGUAGAGCACCCCUCUAAGAGGAAAAAGGGCAUCUUCAGCGGGCGACGGCGCGAGGAUAUGCUGGUAGCACUGGCAGCCCAGGGUCAGAUGCAGGUGCCCACUGUACCCGCUGUGACCCCGGUGCCCCUGCAGUACAGUGACCUGAAGGCAGCGCUGGAGAAGGAGAGAGCCCGAUGCUCAGAACUUGAAGACGCCCUGCAGAAAACACGCCACGAGCUCAGAGAGGCAGUUCAGUUUAAUAAAGCUCUGGAGCACAGUGGAACUCCAGCCACUCCAGGUCUGGCCCGUCAGCAGCUCAUGAUGUCCACCAAAUCCACCAAAUCCCCUGAACAUCAGCCUAGCCUGAUGCCCUCCAACUCUGGCCGCAGAAAGGACGCUGGCAAUCCAGAAGAAAUAAGGAGAGUCACUUCUGAAAAAUACGCCAGACGUGUGAAGGACAGAAUCCAUCACAGCACUCCUCACCGCUUCACACAGGGGCUCAACAUGCGAGCGGCGCGCUGCACUGUCUGUCUGGAUACGGUCCAUUUUGGACGGCAAGCCGCUACCUGCAUUGAAUGUCAUGCUUUGUGCCACCCGAAAUGCUCACCCUACCUGCCAGCCACCUGCGGCGUGCCCACUGAGUAUGCCCUGCACCUGUCUGAGGCUCUGUGCAGGGAGAAGGGCAGCAUCUCCGGUCUGAAGGACGCUGGUGGACACAUGAGACUGGAGGGAUGGCUCAAACAGCCCAGAAACGGCAAGCGUGGUCAGGGCUGGGAGAGGAAGUAUGUGGUUCUGGACGGAUGUAAAGUCAUCACAUACGAGACAGAACCAAGAGACGAGUCAGUGAAGCCGCUGGAUGAGUUUGAGUUGUGUUUGUCUGAUGGAGAGGUGACGGUUCACUCUGCUGUUGGUACAUCUGAGGUGCCAAACACAGCCAAAUCAGAUGUACAGUAUGUGCUAAAGUUGGAGUCGUCUCCGCAGUCGACAUGUUGGCCCGGUCAGACCCUGUACCUCAUGACCUCCGGCUUCUCAGAGAAACAGCGUUGGGUGGCCGUACUGGAAGCUAUCGUGGCAAGCAGCCGCGGCUCGAGAGAGAAAGCUGAAGCUGAUGCGAAAUUGUUGGGUAACUCUUUACUAAAGCUGGAGGGUGAUGACAGGUUGGAUAUUAACUGCACUCUACCCCUGACUGAUCAGAUUGUGUUGGUGGGAUCUGAAGAGGGUCUCUACGCCCUGAACGUGAUCAAAAACUCCCUCGCUCACAUUCCUGGUCUGGGAUCCGUGUUCCAGAUCCACAUUAUCAAAGAACAUGAAAAGCUGCUAAUGAUCGUGGGAGAUGAACGGGCGUUGUGUUUGGUAGAGAUUAAGAAGGUGAAACAGUCUUUGUCUCAGUCUCACCUCCCCACACUGCCUGAGAUCAUGCCGUAUAUCUUUGAGACAGUGAAGGGCUGUCAUCUGUUCGCCGCAGGCAGGAUAGAAAAUGGUCCAUGCAUUUGUGCAGCAAUGCCAAAUAAAGUCACGAUUCUACGCUACAAUGACAAUCUCAACAAAUUCUGCAUCCGUAAGGAGAUUGAAACACUGGAGCCGUGCAACUGCAUUCACUUCACGAGCUACAGCAUCAUCAUCGGUACCAAUAAAUUCUACGAGAUUGAGAUGAAGCAGUGCGUUCUGGAUGAGUUUCUGGACAAGAAUGACGUGUCGCUGGCGUCAGCUGUGUUCACUGGAUCCUCUCACAGUUUCCCCAUCGCCAUCGUCCAGGUGUCCAGCACUCCACAGAAGGAGGAAUAUCUGCUCUGCUUCCACGAGAUUGGAGUGUUUGUGGAUGGUUACGGGCACAGAAGUCGCCCUGAUGAUAUCAAGUGGAGUCGACUUCCUCUGACGUUUGCGUUCAGAGAGCCGUAUCUGUUUGUCACUUACUUUAAUUCACUGGAUGUUAUUGAGAUUCAGGGACACGCAGCUCUUGGGCCUCCCGGUCUCGUACACCUGGACAUACCUAACCCGCGGUACUUGGGUCCGGCUAUAUCGUCUGGUGCCAUCUACCUGGCCUCCUCAUACCAGAACAAACUGCGGGUGAUCUGCUGUAAGGGCAGUCUGGUGCGAGAGUCUGGAGAACUUCAGAGGACCGGUUCUAGCAGGAGCAGCCCAAACAAGUGCGGGCCCCCCACAUAUAACGAGCACAUCUCCAAGCGCAUUGCUUCAGGCCCCGGGGCCCAGGAAAGCCAGCUACACCGGGAGCCCAGCACCCCUCACCGCUACCGUGAGGGCCGUACGGAGUUCCGGAGGGACAAAUCUCCCGCCAGACCUCUGGACCGCGAGAAAUCGCCAGGCCGCGCUGUGCUAGACAGCCGCAGAGAGCGGUCACCCGGGCGCUUCGAGAGCAGUGGCAGCGAGAGAGACCGGGAGCGCUCGCGCCUUCACACUAGCUCUGUACGCACUCAACUGACGCCCGUCAACAAGGUUUGGGACCAAUCUUCGGUCUGAGAACGUUCCGGAGAGAUGACGUAAAGAGCCAUCGUCCACUCCCUGCAUGGAUGGACAUGCCAUUUUAACAGGCGCUUCAUGUAACACUGAACUAUAUCAUCUCAUGCCUGUAACCGUGAAAAGAGCCAUGCAUUUCUCUUGCAGCCAAAAUAUUAUAUUAUACUUGAGUCUGGGAUAUUUUGCUAACGUUGUAAACUUGCUGUAACCAUUUACGAAGGUCGACUGUAAAGAAACGCAACAGCAAUUUGGAGAAAGAUUUAAAGGAAUGUUCCCAGUUUGAUAUAAGGUAAGCUCUAUCAACAGCAUUUGUGGCAUUAUGCACAUUACCACAGAAAAUAAUUUUGACUCGCCCCUCAUAAAAAAACAAAAGAAGCAAUGACUGUGGUUAAAGCAAGACCAUAAACAUAAUUAUUAUUAAUAAACAAAAACUUGACGAUUCUCUUGAUAUUGUGUCUCCAGUGUUUUUUAAUUCUCUGCCAUUGCUUUCCCAUUGCGACUACAUGGAAAAAGUCACCAAAAAGUGACUGAAACAGAAGCCUUUUCGAAGCACAGCUGAGAAUGCAACGUAUAGAGAGGUGAACAUUCCUGUGCCCUACUCACUCCGAAGGGUCAUUGAAGUGAGUACUCUAAAGGGGGCAGGACUUUGCUGUCUCAUGAUUGGACAACCGACCAAACAUAUGACCAGUAAAAUCGAUGCUUGUAGCUGUUAAGAUAGUUGUGGCGAGUAAUACCUCAUAUAUUGCCUUUAUGCAUAUGAUUCAAAUUUAUUAUGUCAGGAAUAUUUUCCAUUGAUAGUCCAUGUCUACAGUACCCUUCAAAAGUUUGGAAACACAAUGAAAUUUUGUUUGCUUUAUUCAGCGAGGAUGCUUUAAGUUGACCAAGAAUUACAGUAAAGACAUUUAUAAUGUCAAAAAUCCUCCACAUUAUGCCAGGCCUAUUGACCUGGCGGUCCCCCAAGCCAAAUCCGGCCCGUUUGAAAGUUUCAGUGGCAGGCUUGAGGAUGUCAGUUGUCUUAGAGACUGUUCACACUGAACAUUUUUUGGGUCUUUUCGCACUGUUUUUCAACUGUUUUCCUAUGUAGAGUUGCACGAGGCGGACACCACGCCACGAUUUUGUAGACGCUUUUAGAGGUUGUGCUACAAAUAAUCAUUAUCUGUAAUUUUGACAGAAGUGGGAGAUUGAAUAUCCAAAAUUAUGGAGACUUAUAAGCGUUCUACUUCUUCUAAAUCAAUGCAUCUAUAAUUAACUUCACUGUUAUUGUUCAAUGAAAUGUUUAGAAUCAGAUUUACUCUCUCUGUUAUGGAAAAUUUUUAGAUGAUUUUAUUUUUUGUCUCAAGAGAUUGUUUAUUUAUAUAGUGAACAAAUAUUACACAAUACCUGUAGAUAGAAGCCUUUCGAUAACAAAUUAUACUGCCUUUGUCAAUGAAGCUGAAUAGCCCUACUUUAGGCGUUCUCGCAGUUUAUUUUAGAUCUUCAGAUGAAGUUUCAUCCCAUGAUUUCUGCAGCACUUUCCAAAGAUGUAACUAUAGCCAAGCAGGUUUGAGCCUGGCCCAUACCUGGAUGGGGGACCUCCUGGGGCAAACUAAGGUUGCUGCUGGAAGAGGUGUUAGGGAGGCCAGCAGGGGGUGCUCACUCUGCGGUCUGUGUGGGUCUUAAUGCCCCAGUAUAGUGAUGGGCACACUAUACUGUAAAAAGGCACUGUCCUUUGGAUGAGUGGUGGUGGCGUAGUGGGCUAAAGCACAUAACUAGUUAUCAGAAGUUUGCUGGUUCAAUCCCCACAGCCAUCACCUUUGUGUCCUUGAGCAAGGCACUUAACUCCAGGUUGCUCCAGGGGGAUUGUCCCUGUAAUAAGGGCACUGUAAGUCGCUUUGGAUAAAAGCAUCUGCCAAAUGCAUAAAUGUAAAUGGAUGAGAUGAGAUGUUAAACUGAGGUCCUGACUCUCUGUAGUCAUUACAAAUCCCAGGACACUUCUUGUAAAGAGUAGGGGUGUGACCCUGGUGUCCUGGCCAAAUUCCUCCCAUUGGCCCUUCUCAAGCAUGGCCUCCUAAUAAUCCCCAUCCAUUAAUUAAUCUCUCUCCUCUCCACCAACAGCUGGUGUGUGUUGAGUGUACUGAUGCACUAUGGCUGCUGCCGCAUCAUCCAGGUGGACGCUGCACACUGGUGGUGGUUGAGGAGAGUCCCCAUUCACUGUGUAAAGUGCUUUGAGUGUAGUGUCAGAAAAAAGCUCUAUAUAAAUGUAACAUUCAUUCAUUCAAUUUAAAGUGAAAAGCAGAUUUGUAUAGUUCCAGAAGGUCAGUAUAUUAUUAAAUUAGUAUAUAAUUUAAUAAUAUAAACGGUAGUGAACCGUAAAAUAUACAGGCAUCAAAUUACAUCCCGUAAAGCCUGAAACAUUCUUUGUAUUUUUUACGGUCAGUUUCUGGCAACCGCAGCUAGUAACUUCAAAAGGCCACAUGAUAAAGUUCACCAAGAGUGUUCCUUCCAGGAACAAUAAUUAAUACUCAUGUAGUAUUACAAACACAAAAACACCAGUUGUGACUGAAUUAAACGACAUAAAAUAUAACACAGAACAUCCCAAUGUAGAUAACUGAUAUAAGGAACAUAACUAUUCCCAUAAAAUAUAAUGAAACGUGAUGGGACAUGCAUGGAAUUCUAGGAACGCUGGAAUUCUAGGAAUUGUUUUUCACCAUCAUUUUAACAAUAGUUUACCGUAAAAAGUAUUCUCUUGUAAAACGAUCAUUUUUACUGUUAAUUAGACAUCAUACAACAUACUUUUUUUAGAUGUAAAAAGUAUGUAUUUUUUUGGUUUGCAAUAUUUUACCGUAAAAUUACAUGUUAAAUAUGUUAUUUUUACUGUACAUUUGAAGGACCUGUUAUCCAAUUAACGUUUUUUUUAUUUCUUUUAUUUAGCAUUUUAACACGCUUUUACCAUUAAAAUUACGGAUUUGUUUUUACAGUGUACGCUUUUCCUCGUUUGCCAGUUUUAGGUGUGACUUUUUCUUUGAAAAACUGCCUAAAAUUCCAACAUCCCAGAGUCUUCUCUUCACCGUUGCAGAUGAAACUGGUGUUUGUUGUACUGGUUGUUGAAGCUGCCAGUUUAGGACCUGUAAGGAGUCUGUUUCUCAAACGAGAGACUCUUGAUGUACUUGUCUUGCAGUUGUGCAUCUGAAUCGUCCACUUCCACCCUGGUUAAAUUCAGCAUGAUUAUAUCUUUUAAAUCAGAAUGGCACGGUAUAACCUUCAUCUCUUGAAAGAACUAUAGACCAUUGAAUUUCUAGAGGCUUGUUUCUUUUGGCAAUUUUUAAAAAACUUAAAUUUUACUUGCAAGGGUAAAGUGACUUGCAAGUGCACUUAAUCAUACUUCAUUAAGUAGCACAAUUGUUUUCAACUGUUCCAACAACAACACACACACACACACAAAAAAAAAUGUUUCUUGAGUACCAAAUCAUUUCUUAAGAAUUACACAUUAUUUUCUAGGUAGACUGGAGAAAUGAGGCUGUGACAUCACGAGUAAAAAUGGGAUUUUAACAGUAAUUGUAGCCUAAUUUAUGUUUAGCUUAGUGUUUUUGAUCAAUUUAAUACAUCUGAGGUGAAGAAAAACAUUGAUUUAAGAACAAAAAAUGUCUUCAUGUUUCCAAACUUUUGAAGUGUAGUGCACAAGAGCAGCUGAGGGUUUUAAAAUCCAUUAACCCUUUAAGCUCUGAGGGUGUUUUUAAAGAUUUCCUGUUUCAGUGGCAUACUGAAAAUUAAGGGCUUAUAACUCGACAAAAACAAGGAGGGUCAAGUGUUUGGUAUCAUUGUAAAGAAAACUUUUCAAUUUGUUUAAUGAUAUAGAUUAUGAUACAUUCUGAGACUCUCAGCCUAAGAAACUGCUGAAAAACCAAAUAAAUAAAUAAAUAAAUAUAAAAUUGUUUUUACCCCCACCUCCCUUAUUUUUCCAAUUUGUCAUUAUAUGUCUCUGGGUGUAAAUAAGGUGGCUCUGAAAAACUGUUUUUUUUUUAUUUGUGUGGUUCCCAACAACGGGCCCAGCCAAGCUUAAAGGGUUAACAUAUUUAAAUGACUUUAGGAUGAAUUGCGAGAACCCAUGAUCACAUGAUUAUAAAAGGCAAAAUUACUUCUUCGAAGUGACCAUCGCAUAUAACCUUCGAUAACAGCCUUGUGGAAGGGUUCUUCGUGAAAGUGUUCAGCGUCCCACUUUCAUUUAUAACAACCCUUUGAUCAGUUCCUUCAAUGACACACACACAAAAAAAAAAUCGUUUGAAUUUGCUUCUACUUACAUUACUUUAUCAAUUUUGGUCUCGAGCGUGCAUCACUAGAACAGUUUGCGUUCACGCACUUUAAUGCAAUUACAAUAGAGGUACAGGGCACCAUGAUAACUAGGCAGGACUAGUUUUCAUAGCGGAUUUGUACAAAAGUUACCGGAUUCACUUGGUCAUGAGUUGAGAAAAAAUAUGUUGAAACGGUGUGUAUUUAUGCAUUUAUUAUUUUCUGUGGUAAAAGGCCUCAUCUCAUAAACGCUGUAGAUAACGCAUGCAGAUAUUGCUGUAGAACCCGGAACAUUCCUUUAACGCUAAAAUGAUUAGCACACCAAUAUUGUAAAUAUGGUUUCAACUUUUAUAGCUAAAAGGAACUUGAUUGAAGUUAAGUCUAUUUUUUAUGUUAUUAAACUGUUUGUACAGACAGUUAAAAUGAAAAGUACAGAAAAGGUUCUAUUUCCAUGUUGUAUGUUACUGUGGUAAACACGGUCAAUUUGGCUGCUCUCAUAAUUACGUUUUGUCCAGCUUAUUAAUAUUAUUUAUUUUCUAUGAUGCAUUUGACUGACAAGACAUUAUCGAAUAUAUCGAUGUAUAUUUUUAUGCUGAGAGUCUGAGCCUGUAAAUCUUUUUAAAGAGAUACGUCAUGUUCUCGCUACAAGUGUCCUUGUGAUGUUCAAGUGAACUUAGCGUAUUUUGUUGAAAAUAUCGAAGCUUUUGUCUACACACUCGCAAGCAGCAGGAAGUCCGCGGGGCUCUUCUGGAAAUUUCUACAGCUUAAAUGUACAGAUGUCCUGUUCUACCGUGAGGUGAAAAUGUCCAGUAGCCCUCAAGAGUUUGUAGAAAUCCUUGGUUGUUUCCUUGUGGAAUAUCAAACACAGCUCAAUUAGAGGCUUUUUUAAAUUUAUUUAUGAUGAACACAUGGGUAAUUGUAACCAAACGCCCCAGUCGUCAUAACAAACGCAUGAGUAAAUUUUCACCUGGUUUUGGGACUUCCUGUCAUGUGAUACCUUAAUAUUAAUAAUUGAUGUUUUUAAACUAACAAGGCUGCUUACCUUGAACUUUCUUUUUGUAAAGAAAUUGAACUAUAAUAAACAAUAUUAAAGUGUGAG